AUGAGCUUCACAAAAAACUUGACCAGAGCCCUAAACACCACCCCCCUACGCCAGCAACGCAGCACAGCCACCUUCCCCUACGCAACGCACGAGCCACUCGAAUACAGGCUCAGCAGGCUCUCCUUAUCCAAAAUCAAGCAGGAGUCUGCCCGGCCAGAGCCCGACCUGCGUCAUGUUGUCGGGUAUGCGUCAGUGAAUCGCGCUGCGGGGGAUAAGAUGUAUCAGAACCUGGUGCGGGGGGUGGAGCUUCUACGGACGGAGAGGAAGGCAAAGUAUGCGGUUGGGAGGAGUAAGCUUUCUGCUUCUAAUCCUUCCGCCGGUGUGAAAGGGAAUGGGGCUGGGGAUGGGGGAUUGGGGGUACUUCGGACAAAAGAGGUAGUGGAGACAAGGCCUGUGGAGGAGAGUUUAGUGGUUCUGGAGAUUGGAUGGGAUGACUAUGAGUUAUGA